CUCCAACAGGCCUGGGGAUGAAGGCUGCUGGCAUCUUGGCCCUGAUCAGCUGCCUGGUCACUGCUACGGAGUCCAAAAUCUACACUCGCUGUAAACUGGCAAAGAUAUUUUCGAGGGCUGGCCUGGACAAUUACCACGGCUUUAGCCUUGGAAACUGGAUCUGCAUGGCAUACUAUGAGAGCCGCUACAAUACCAUGGCUCAGACUGUCCUGGAUGAUGGCAGCACAGACUAUGGCAUUUUCCAGAUAAACAGUUUCACAUGGUGCAGACAUGCAAAGUUACAAGAGAAGAACCGCUGUCAUGUUGCCUGCUCAGCCUUGCUUACUGACGACCUCACAGAUGCAAUUAUCUGUGCCAAGAAAAUCGUUAAGGAGACCGAGGGGAUGGACUAUUGGCAAGGCUGGAAGAAACACUGUGAGGGCAGAGAUCUGUCUGAGUGGAAAAAAGGAUGUGACAUUUCAUAAGCUGAAAAUGGCCCAAGGACGCUUUGCAACAACAACUCCCUGAAUUUGUGUAUUGGAUGUCAGUGUUUGUGUCAUCUUGUCCUCC